AUGGCUUCUCUCUCUGAAACACUCUCUGAAACAGAGCAAGAAGAUCUACAUAGAUAGCUAUUGGAGAUUCAGGAACUUGUUGUUAUGGAAAGUCUGAGGAGACCCGUUGGGUUGUGCAAUUUCUUGUUAGUGGGAGUUUUGUUGGUAUUCUUUUGUGGCAUUGGGUUUUGCAUUGGUUCUUCUGCAGUUUCAAAUGAGGUAAAAAGGUGUGAUCCAAACUCUAAUGAUAGUGACUUGAGCAUUAGUUGUAGUUCCAAGAAGUUGGUGUUGCAGUCGUACUAUGAAAAGUAUGAAGACCUACUAGAUUCAAGUUUCCAAGAUUUUAUAGCAAAAGAACUUCCUAUUGGUUUGUGUGAGGUGAUGCCACAUAAUCCGAGCCUCGCUUUGAGACUCUCCAUUUUGCAUCGCAAUCUGAUAGGGAAUGGUUCUCAUCGUCAUCUUACCUCAUCCAUUAGACUUAAGAUUGAACAAGAAUUCAUAUUUGAGCUUCCUUCUCACCACUGUGAGGUUAUAGUCAUUGAGAGACUACCAUCUGGGGUAUUUGCCGAUCCAUUUGAGCUUCAACAUCUCCUUCAGCGUGGUGUGUACAGCAAUAUAGCUGUUUUUGGAGAUACAAAUUUAGAAUUGCCUUCUUUUCUGUCCAAUCGUUCUGCUGUCGAGGUUCACAUGGAUGUUGGUCAUGAUCUCUUGUUGGGUCAGAGUAAAGAGUCAAACAUCAAUAUAGAGAUUCCCCUACAUGCACGAUAUCCACCUCUAGAUGAAAGUGGCUACUGGGAAGUCAAAUUUGGUACACCUGAUUUUGUCAUGCUCUGCAAUGUUGAGGGACUAUCACAUAAUGUAAGCUGUUUAUAUAGAAUACCAGAUAUUGAUGGUUCUGAUUCUACAUCAGGUACAAUUGUCUGGAACAUACCUUCUGGGAUGAAGGUGCAUGCUCGAAUGGUUUCCCUCGGUACUUUUAUUGCUGCCUUGAUUUCAGCCAUCUUGAUUGCUGUAACAUCCAUAUUUUAUUCAGACAACUCCAGCAAACAUUCAAAAGAAUCUUAGUUCGUUAACAAUUUUGUUGCUAUACUUCUUUUGUUCAUUGUGUAAAGUUUGUUGCUGUACUUUGUAUGCUGCUUAAGUGCUUAUGUGUUUCUCAUCAGUAUAUAAACCAAGCUCCGUAUUCAAUCUAUUUUCAAUCAUACAUUGCGCUUUCCUCUAACUACACU